AAGUGAGUGGCUGGACUCCUAUUUCAAAGAGUAAGUGGAGAUCCACAAAUAGAGAUAUUGGCAUCUGGAUGGGGUGGCAGUUUGAUAGUGAAAAUACAAGGAGAGGCACAUCAAGACGCGCAUUUACCUGAGGGUCAAGCUCCCGUAACUGGAUUACUACAACUUUUCAUUCAGCACGCUUGACAUCGCCCGAUCGCAGCCGGCUGCAACUUAGUGACUUGCAGCGUAUUUCCAUCUAGAUGAACUGGGAUAGCUGGGGACAACACUCUGCCUCCUCUGCAGAUGACCGCAGGCCUCCCAAGAGGCGAGAGGAGAAGUGAGCAGUGCUCAGACACCCAUGGCUACGAAGGGAAGCUCUCUCCCUGGGUUGCUGCUGGCCUUGCAGGGAUUGCUGAUUCUGCAAGAUGUGGGGACGGCCAGCAGAAUCUCUGGGUGGUCAGAGAGGUCGCUGUGCCACAAAGCAGGGCAUCCAGUCAUCACUCACUCAGAAAUUGAACCAUGGCUUUAUCAUUUUGAAGCUGAAAAUACAGUGGAUUAUUCCCAGCUAACGUUUGACCCGGGCCAGACAGAACUCAUUGUUGGAGCAAGGAAUCGGCUCUUCAGGCUAGAAAUAGAGGACCUGUCACUGAUCCAGGAAGCAGAGUGGGAGUGCGAUGAAUUCACCAAAAGAGCGUGCUUCAGUAAAGGCAAAUCAGAGGAAGAAUGCCAGAAUUAUAUUCGUGUCCUACUUGUAAAUGGAAACAGGCUCUUCACCUGCGGAACCAAUGCAUUUACUCCCAUUUGCACCAACCGCACGUUGACAAAUUUGACAGAAAUCCACGAUCAGAUAAGUGGGAUGGCUCGAUGUCCCUACAACCCCCAGCACAACUCCACUGCCUUGAUCACUUCUAACGGAGAGCUUUAUGCAGCAACCGCCAUGGAUUUCCCAGGGAGAGACCCUGCCAUCUACCGAAGUCUUGGUGGGCUUCCUCCUCUUCGGACUGCACAAUACAACUCCAAGUGGCUCAAUGAACCAAAUUUUGUCUCAUCUUAUGACAUCGGAAACUUCACAUACUUCUUUUUUCGAGAGAUCGCAGUGGAGCAUGACUGUGGAAAAACAAUCUUCUCCAGGGCCUCUCGUGUGUGCAAAAAUGACAUUGGAGGCAGGUUCCUCUUAGAAGACACCUGGACAACCUUCAUGAAAGCUCGCCUCAAUUGCUCCAGGCCUGGUGAAAUUCCUUUCUACUAUAAUGAGUUACAGGACACUUUCUUCUUACCGGAACUUGACCUGAUUUAUGGCAUCUUCACCACAAAUGUAAACAGCAUUGCCGCCUCAGCAGUGUGCGUUUUCAAUCUGACUGCGAUUACCCAAGUGUUCAAUGGACCUUUCAAAUACCAGGAGAAUUCUCGCUCUGCCUGGCUGCCCUAUCCCAACCCCAACCCCGACUUCCAGUGCGGCACCAUAGACUACGGACUGUACAUGAACCUGACCGAGAGGAAUCUCCAAGAUGCGCAGAAGUUUAUCCUCAUGCACGAAGUGGUGCAGCCAGUCAUUCCUAUCCCCUUCUUCAUGGAGGACAACAGCCGCUUCACUCACAUUGUGGUGGACGUGGUUCAGGGCAAGGACAUGCUCUACCAUAUUUUUUAUCUAGCAACAGAUUAUGGUACCAUCAAGAAAGUCCUUUCUCCAUUGAACCAAUCAACGGAUAGCUGCUUGUUAGAAGAAAUUGAGCUUUUCCCACCCGGCCAGCGACAGUCCAUCCGAAGCCUGCAGAUUCUUCACAGUAAAAGCAUUCUGUUUGUAGGACUCCGAAGCCAUGUGGUAAAGAUCCCGCUAAUGCGCUGCAGCUUCCAUAAAACCUACAAUGCCUGUGUUGGAGCUCGAGAUCCAUAUUGUGGAUGGGAUCUAGUACUGAGGAAAUGCACGACUCUGGAAGAGAGUCUGAGUAUGAGUCAGUGGGAACAGAGUAUUACUGACUGCCCCACAAAGAACAUGACAGUGGAUGGACGUUAUAGCCCUUGGUCACUAUGGAAGCCUUGUAGCCACUCUGACGGAGGGAGUGUUGGAUCCUGCUUUUGUAGAACAAGAUCUUGUGACAGUCCUGCACCACAGUGUGGUGGUCAGCAAUGUGAAGAUGCCAGCAUGGAGGUUGCAAACUGUUCCAGGAAUGGAGGAUGGACCCCUUGGACGGCCUGGUCUGUAUGCAGCACUAGCUGUGGAAUCGGCUUCCAGGUGCGACAGCGCAUGUGUAGCAACCCAACACCUCGCCAUGGAGGGAGAGUUUGUGUGGGCCAAAACAGAGAGGAAAGAUAUUGUAAUGAACACUUGCCCUGUCCGCCACAUAUGUACUGGUCAAGCUGGGGCGCUUGGGAACGUUGCACAGUUCCAUGUGGGGGUGGCGUACAAGCUCGACGUAGGACCUGUGAGAAUGGAAAUGAAUGUCCAGGCUGCAAUACGGAGUACCAGUCCUGCAAUUCCAUGUCAUGCCCUGAAAUGAAGAAGACAACUCCAUGGACACCAUGGACCCCAGUCAAUAUAUCAGACAACGGAGGGCAUUAUGAACAGCGCUUCAGGUACACAUGCAAAGCGAGGCUGGCAGAUCCCAGUCUUCUGGAAGUUGGGCGACAGCGAAUAGAGAUGAGAUACUGCUCUAGUGAUGGAACAACGGGAUGCUCCAUGGAUGGCGAUCUCCUAAGAUCAGGAAGAUUUUCAGCCCACACUAUAAAUGGCGCCUGGUCAUCCUGGAGUGCUUGGUCUCAGUGUAGUAGGGACUGCAACAGAGGAAUCCGUAGCCGCAAACGUGUAUGCAACAAUCCAGAACCCAAAUAUGGAGGCAUGCCCUGUCUUGGACCUUCUCUGGAAUACCAAGAGUGCAACAUCACUCCAUGCCCAGUUGAUGGCGAUUGGUCGUGCUGGUCUACUUGGUCUAAGUGCUCCGUGACCUGUGGAGGCGGGCACUAUAUGCGAACUCGGACCUGCACCAAUCCUGCACCAGCCUACGGAGGUGACAUCUGCCUGGGGCUGCACACGGAGGAGGCUCUGUGCAACACUCAACCUUGUCCAGAGAGUUGGUCAGACUGGUCUGAAUGGUCGGAUUGCGAUUCAUCUGGUGUACAGUUUCGGACUAGACAUUGUGACAUCCUUUUCCCAACUGGAAACCAAUGCUCCGGGAACAGUACAGAAACAAAAACCUGCAUCUCAGAGUCAAACUUCAUACCUGAAAUCUCAAUUGCACGUUCAAGCAUGGACAACAGGAGAUGUGGAGAGUUCAACAUGUUCCACAUGAUUGCUGUUGGACUGAGCAGUUCCAUAUUGGGAUGUUUAAUUACUCUCCUCAUCUAUACUUAUUGUCAGCGAUACCAACAGCAAUCCCACGAUGCCACAGUCAUCCACCCAAUAUCAGCUGCUCCUCUUAACACCAGCAUUACCAACCACAUUAACAAGCUUGAUAAGUACGACUCUGUGGAAGCCCUUAAGGCUUUCAAUAAAAAUAACCUAAUCUUGGAAGAGAGAAACAAAUACUUUAAUCCCCACCUCAAUGGGAAGACCUACACUAACACCUAUUUCACAGAUCUCAACAGCUAUGAGGAGUACUAGCGAGGGCCGUGUACUCCAGACAGUCAGAUGGCUCUACCAAAUUGAUAUUAAAAAAACUGUAAUAAUUCAAUUCUCUUUUUUUUUUGUUGUUGUUGCUGAUUCCAUUGUUUUUUAGUUUUCUCAUUUUUAUGACAAGUUCCCCUAUGGAAAAAUCCUUAGCCAGUACAAAUUCUUGUGCUGUCAUCUCACAACUGACCAAGAGCCAUAAAAAUCAAAGCAUUUUCGAAUGAUUAGAAAGGAAAACCGGUGCCUACGAAGGACAACUCAGCUCAUCCUGAGAUGAAGCCUUUUUCUUUUCUCUCUGCAAACAUGUGGAAGGAGGAAUUGGUACAGGCUUCUGGCGUUACUCAAACAAGGGUGAACUUUUACGCUCCUGCUAAACUUGUCAGUGUGAAUAGAAGAACUACUUUCAGAUGACGUCACAAGAUUGGCUUGCAUGAUGUUACUGAGCAAUGUAUUUGUUGCUUCAUUGAUUGACUUGCAUGGUUAAUAGCAUUCCAAAGUCCUGCACUCUGCAGUUUGAGGAACAUUUGUGUCUGCAUUGCUGUACAAACUGGGUCUGUGCCAGCUACUUAAGACGUAGGGACAGCAGCCUCAUGUGUGCCAGAAGCAGAACUGACCUCACGGAGUCAACAAGGUGUAGAUGUUUAGGUUUUACAAACAACUGUAAGCCAUUUUUAUUUUGGAUUUGACAACACUCACUUAAUUAACUGAUUAGGAGGUUAACUAAUUAAGUAAUCAAUUAGUUAAUUAAAUAACUGUUUGACUAAUUAUAGCUCUGAGUAGAAUUCUGUACUCAUGUUUUCACAAUGCAAUUAUGCACUGUUUCAAAGAAAAUGUAAAAUUGGGGGAAUAGGUAACCUCUUGUAUAUCUUUAAAGUAGCCUGACUGACAUACUAUAAAUAUAAUUUGUUGGAGGUGGAAGAUACAUCCUCAUUUUUUAAGGGUUUACUAUUUAAAAUGAGAUGCCCAGCUGUAGGAGAUUAUUAAUACUAUAAAAAAAAUAGACAAAGCCUAAACAGGCAAAUUUCUAAUGCAUUGAAACUGCUCCUUGUCUGUGCUUUCAUUGUGCUUUUACGUCUUAUUGCGUCUUUUUUUGUUUGUUCUGUUUUGUUUUUAACACAAGCUCCAUCUUUCAGAAAUCAUCCUCAUGGCUUGAUCUUUCUUUCUCUGCUUGAGUGUUAAAAUAGUCAGCUUUAACAUGUUCAGGACAUGACCUGAAACUAGCUUUUCCUUUUUUUUUCUGUCUUCUCUUUUCAAAUUAGAUUAGAAAACCACCCCGACUUAUACCGCUUUUUGGUGAUGAAUUAUAAUGUUUGUGCGAGAUGAAGGGCAUGAGAAACGGAAGCCCUUUAUCAGCAGACAAUUCCCAGCAAAGAAAGAUGCAGCAAUCUGACUUGCACUCUUUACCAGUAGGACUCAACUCUCAACCCGGAGAGACCAUCUGUGUUUAAAUAAAGGGCGUAAUCAAGUCUCUGGAAAUGAAUCAGUCUGCACUCCUUGAGGAUAAAGACUGCUGAUUUUACUGUACAGUACGUCCAUUCUGAACAGAGGAGUAGAUGGAAGUGAACUACUCCCAUUUUUCUUCAAUUUUGUUUGAUUUGAUGCCUCUCUGAAGAAGCCAUGAGGCCUUUGACAAGGAACUACAUGGAAAUGAUGCUUUGUAUUUUGUCUGGCAGUAGUAUGUUAACUGUCCAUAUGUAGAGACAGAAAUGUGACCUGCUUUGUGUUUGUUCGAUGUAUAGUACUGUCAUGAACAUGCUGACAUGUUUUAUUCGAUUACAAAAAAGAUUCUGGACAGCAGCUUGUCAUUGCUAUAAACCUUAAUGCUUUCUGUAUGAUCAUCUUCAUAAAUACAGAACUGGUUGAUAUAAAAAUGGUGAUUUUUUUUUAAUUUAUUUUGAUAAUGAUUGUGGAUUAUAAAAUAAAUAGCAUAUGAUCUUUCUGCCACCUGUAAACUAGGCUUAGCAUAAGCUUAACACUACGUUGCUGUACUUUGGUACCUUUUCCUGUUUCUAUUUUCUAACUUCUUUAUUUAAGACUAUCUGCAAAUUUGGAGUGAUUAAUUUUUAUUCUAAUAAUUUUCUUUCUUAGGCCAUUUAUUCUUAUGUGGAAAUAUUUGGGAUAUACAAAAAAUGAGCUUCAUCUCAAGUCAUUAGUAAAAUUCACAUUGUACUCAUGGGAAAUAUUAUGUAAUGAGCUCUCAUUUUUUUGUUGCAGUGCAAAGCAUAUUUUGAAACUUCUUAUUUUUAAAGAAAUAAAUAUUAUCACUUUACAAAAAAGAA